AUUGAUUAAUUUACUUUAAGAACGCAUUAUGGGAUGCAAUAGUUACUCUUAGUUUUCUGGUAUUUCAAGUUUUAAAAAAAAUUUGUUUAAAUUAUAGAUUUUAUGAAUUCAACUGUUUAGUGUAGCUCGAUGGAAUGUAUCGAAUUCCAGUUCAGGCAAAACAAAGCAGAAACCACUGAAAGGCUUCCUGAAUUGAUUUUGAAGAAAUUACUAUUUCCGCAAAAUAAACAAAGUAAAUAAACAAAGCCAAAGAUGAGUGAUGUUCUGGAUAUUCUUGAUGUUGAGAGACCUCAGACACCUGAAAUUAGCAAAGAAAGUAUUAUUGGAAAUGAUUCCAAAAGGAAAAAGAAAAAGCUUACAGAAGCAACGUUUAAGCGACCUGAAGGAAUGCACAGAGAACUUUAUGCCUUAUUAUAUUCAGAUAAUAAGGACAAAGCUCCAAUGUAUAUUACUGAUAGUGAUCAAGGUUAUAAACAGACCAAAGCUAAAUUAGGUCUGAAACGAGUUAGGCCCUGGAAAUGGAUGCCAUUCACAAACCCUGCUCGAAAAGAUGGAGCUGUGUUUUAUCAUUGGCGUAGAAUAGAGGACCAAAAUGAAGAAUAUGCAUUUGCAAAAUUUAACAAAACAGUUUCAGUGCCAGAAUAUACUGAUGACGAAUAUAUGCAACAUCUUCAAACUGAAGGCUGGACAAGACAGGAAACAGAUCAUUUGUUUGAAUUAUGUAGAACAUUUGACUUGCGCUUCAUUGUAAUUCAAGAUCGCUGGGAUAGAUCACGUUUCCCAAAUCGCUCUGUUGAAGAUAUAAAAGAACAUUACUAUAAUAUUUGUAAUAUUUUAGCUAAGAUCAGGACAGUAGGAAAUGUAGAACCAAAACUUGUAGCAUAUGAUGCGGAACAUGAAAGAAAAAGGAAAGAACAAUUGACGAAAUUGUAUAACAGAACCACUGAACAGGUUGAAGAGGAACAAACAUUGUUGAAUGAACUGCGGAAGAUUGAACUACGUAAAAAAGAGAGGGAAAAGAAGACUCAAGAUUUACAGAAAUUAAUAACUGCUGCAGAUUCUAGCCAGGGUGAAACUAAACGCCUUGAAAAGAAAGGACCUAAAAAGAAAGUGGUACAGCAAAAGAAUAUAAAAGCUGAGAGUGUUAGUGUGGAUUCAGCGGGCAUUAAAUUUGCCGAUUUCAAAGGCAGUGGAGUAACACUUAGAAGCCAAAGGAUGAAAUUACCUGCUUCAGUUGGGCAAAAGAAGGCCAAGGCUAUUGAGCAGCUCUUAAAGGAAUUGGAUAUUGAACCGAAUCCUAUUCCUACUGAAGAAAUAUGCCAGCACUUCAAUGAGCUACGCAGUGAUAUGGUUCUUUUGUAUGAACUUAAACUUGCUCUUGCCAAUUGUGAAUUUGAACUUCAAACAUUACGACAUCAAACAGAUUCAAGGGUUCCAGAAAAGAAAGAAAUCAUUGAUGUUGGACCUACUUUUUCUGCUUUGAUGGCACAUUCAGGUGGAAAAAGUGAAUAAUGUAAAAUAUUUUUUGUAACAUGUAUUCAUCUCAAUAAGCCAUCAUUAUAAUCAUCCUUCAAGACUCACACUUCUAUGUUUCAUUAUGUGCUCUUCUAAUAAAGAAAUUUCAUCCUUGUUA